AUGUCUUCAAAGAAAGUAGAUAAUCAUCCAGAGGUUUCAGCUCAGCCUCCUAAAGUCUUAUUAGAUAGACGCACAAUUGCUCCAAUUUUAUCAUUAGAUUUUGGUAUUCAAGUUUUAAAUCUAGAGUCUGACCUUGAAAAAUAUCCAAGUGCCAUGACAGUGCAUGAACUUGUGAAUUUAUAUUCACAAGCAAUUGAAUAUUAUGAAUAUUAUAAAGAUCCAAAGCAUUUUGAUUAUGAAAAUAAACUUCAUACACUUUUAGUCAGGCCAGAUAUUAUCUCACUUGUUGAAUCUGAUGGCAUUGUACGAAAAAGAAGAAUGACAAUAGAAUUCCCAGCUCCUUCAUCGAAAAAUUAUGAAGCAGUUAAAGCUCAAAGAAAAGAAGAAAGCCAAGCAAAAGAUAAUGCCUUGUCUGAAAAACUUGAUAAAAUGAUUCAAGCUCCAGAAAAGGCCGAAAAAUCUUUAGUUCGUAUAGAAAAUAACCGAGACAAAAGAGACAAAGAAGCCUCUUCAAAAAUUUUUUCUGAUUUUAACUCCCAAGAUGAAAAUCUUAAUAGAAGACUUUCAUCAAGGAAAAAAUUAAAAGAAAAUAAAAAAAAUCUGUCAAGGUCACGAAUUUCCUCAGCCAACUCAUCAGAUUUUGAUAUAAGCGAUCUAAUUUCCACUGGAAUAGAUUCUGUAAACUCAAGCAUGGCGAUUCCAGCAUCAGAUAACUCAAAAACAGAGAGAUCUGAAUUGGUAUCUCAGUAUGAAAGUCUUAUAGAAGAAAUUCUUGAAAAAGGUUGCCAAGAAGAAGCUCUUGUUAUUUCAGAAAUUAAAAUUAAAUACAAAAAUCAGCUGACUCCCCCCCCCCGUGAGUGAACAAAACCAUUUAGAAAAAUCCCUAUUUUUUGCCCAAAAACCCACCCUCCGUGAGUGAACAAAAAUUUUUUUAAUAGAAAAAUUUUUUAUGGAAAAAGAUUUUGAUAUAUAAAUGAUAAUUAGUAUAAUGAAAUAUAGAGCUAAUUCUGUUUAAUUUUAAACGAAUUGCUUUUUAAAACAUAAAUUUUAUAAAUUAAAUUAAUUUUUGCUUUCCAAUUUUUGCGAAUUAGGAUUUUUUUAAAUUUCGAAAAAAAAUAUUUUUUAUAAAAUUUAUAUAUAAAUUUUGUUAAAAAAAAAAAAAAAAUUAACCCCUCUCCGUGAGUGAACAAAAUUUUUUUGUUCACUCACGGAGGGGGGGAGUGAGAGUUAUGGAAGAAUCAGGGAGAAUUGGGAAAAGUGUUAAAGAUGAUAUGAAAGAAAAAGUUAGAGCUGAAGUAAAAAAUUCAAUAAAAAUCCUGAAGGAAAAAAGAAAAGAAGAAAUCCAUCAAUUAAAAGAAAAAUUCCGAAGCCAGCUAAGUUAA